AUGGAGAAACCUCGGGUUGGAGAAGUCUUUGACUUGAAUCAGCAGGUGUGGUUCCUUCAGGGUCAGACCCUCGUGGCAGUUCCAUGGAGCAACGAUGUGACUCCAGUCACUGUCACUGUUGCCCCAUGCAAGAAUCCAGGCUCUCUUGAGAAAGACAAAGGGAUUCCCAUUUAUUUGGGAAUCCAGAAUCCAGAAAUGUGGCUGCAUUGUGAGGACGUCGGAGGACAGCCCAUAUUGCAGCUGAAGACACCGGAUCUGUGCAACCAAGCUAAGCCCAUGAAGCCCUUCCUCUUCUACCAUGUCCAGACAGACAUUAACUCCACCUUUGAGUCUGUGGCCUUUCCCAGCUGGUUCAUCGCCUCCUCCAAGAGAGGCCAGCCCAUCUUUCUCACGUCGGACCUGGGGAGAAUGUACAGUACUGCCUUCCGUAUGAAUUUAAGGAUUUAA